UAUUGAGGAGAAGCAGCCACAGCUCUGCGCUACCCAAUGGCCAUGGGCCUUAAGAAGGGCCACAAGGUGACCAAGAACAUGAGCAAGCUGAGGCACAGCCGCCGCCGCGGGCGCCUCACUAAGCACACCAAGUUUGUGCAGGACACGAUCCGAGAGGUGUCUGGCUUUGCCCCCUAUGUAUGGGGAGCCAUGGAGCUGCUCAAGGUCUCUAAGGACAAGAGGGCCCUGAAAUUCAUCAAUAAAAGGGUGGAGACACACAUCCGAACCAAGAGAAAGAGAGAGGAGCUGAGCAAUGUCCUUGUAGCCAUGAGGAAGGCAGCAGCCAAGAAGGACUGAACCCCACCCCUUA